GUAGACGUGAGACGCAGACGCAGACGCAGGUAUCAAGGCACCAAGGCAUCCUUCCAACCCCAUGAGUGAUCACGUGGAAAAUGUCGCAUUUCUGUUUCAGUUUUAAGGCCGUUAGGCUGUCAGGCAUCACAACCCCAUGGCCAAACCCUGUCGAAAUUCUAGAACCCCACCAUGGAAAUUCGCUGUGACAUACGGAAUAUUCCUGUCUGAUCCUGGCGAUACGAUUCCCUGAUCAGAACAAGUGAACACUUCGACUGUAUCCCACCUUCUGACGACCAGUUCCUCAAUCGCCAGGGAGUCUUCCGUUCAAAGGAAAAUGGCCGACCCAUCUCCCGCCGCGGCGCUCCAGCCCCCCCACCAGUAUGCGCCGAACGAAGGCUAUCAGGAUCUGGACGCCCGCGCCGACACCAUACAAGACCGUCUCCUAGAUCCAUCGGUGGACGAGGAAGAGGAAGAUUACGACUACGACUCGGAGCCAGAAAUCACCGCUGAAGACCUAUCCUCCACCGACCCCGCCGACUUCACCAAGGCGUAUAACCGCCCCUCCGCCAACCCCCAGCGACCCACCGCCAACCUCAACGACCACAUCUCCUCGCUCUCCCACCUCUCCCCGAAACUCAACGUCAACCACCUCUACAACAACCUCCGUGCUGCCCACACGGGCGCCGACCGCGCCGACCGCGCCACCGUCGAACAGGCCCUGGACCCGCGCACCCGUAUGAUCCUGCUCCAGCUGAUUAACCGCGGCAUCGUCUCGGAGAUCAAUGGCUGCGUGAGCACGGGGAAGGAAGCGAACGUCUACCAUGCCGUGCUGUACCCCAGCGGGAGCGACGGCGCCUCCGAACCGCAGCCGAUCCACCGCGCGAUCAAGGUGUACAAGACAGCGAUCCUCGUGUUCAAGGACCGGGAGCGGUACGUGACGGGGGAUUUCCGGCUGCAGAAAUCGCAUCCGAAGAAAAACCACCGGGCUAUGGUGCGCUUGUGGGCGGAGAAGGAGCUGCGGAAUCUGAAGCGGUUGAUUGCCGGGGGGGUGCCGGCGCCGGAUCCGAUCAUGCUGAAGAGCCACGUGCUGGUGAUGAGCUUCGUGGGGAACUCGCGAGGAUGGCCGGCGCCGCGCUUAAAAGACGUCGAUUGGGCGAGCGAGGGGAUCGAGGACAUCGGGACGACGUUGCGGCGGCUGUACAUGGACCUGUUCAGCUACGUGCGCAUCCUCUGGGGGUCGUGCAAGCUGGUGCACGCGGAUCUCAGCGAGUACAAUCUGCUGUACUUCGACGGGAAGCUGUGGGUCAUCGACGUGAGUCAGAGCGUCGAGAUGAACCACCCCAAGUCCCUGGAGUUCCUGCGCAUGGAUCUGAAGAACGUGACGAGCUACUUCCAGCGGAACGGCGUCGACACGCUCUCGGAAAAGCGGGUGUUCGAAUGGGUGACGAAGCCGGGCGGCACCACGAAGAUGGACGCGAUGAAGGACGAGCUCGAAGCGCAGUUCGCCGUGCGGGAUGCGCUGCGGGAAAAGGGCGAGGACGACGAAGACGACGAGGUGUGGCGGCAGCAGUUCAUCCCGCAGAAUUUGGAGCAGGUGUUCGAUGUCGAGCGCGAUGCCGAGAAGGUCGGACACGGGGAAGGAAGCGAUCUGGUCUACCGGAAUCUCCUGGCCGAUGAUGCGGAGGGGGGGGUGCCGUUGCCGCGAGGCAAUGGCGAGAAAGGUCCCUCGGAGGGAGAGGAAGACAGUGACGAGGAAGGGAGCGAAAGGAGUUGGUUCGAAGACGAAGAGAAACAGCCACGAGGCAAGCGGUUUGUCGAUAAGGAUGAGAAGCGCGCCCAUAAACACCAGGUGAAGGAGGAAAAGCGGGAGAAGCGGAAGACCAAGAUACCGAAGGACGUUAAGAAACGCAUUGUAAAUCGGUCUUCGAAGGGAAAGAAAUAGUACAAGUAUACCCUCGACACUAUACACAUAGAACUAAUGUCCAUUU